CCCAAAAUGUCUUCCCGAAACGGACCGAGAGCGAGUGGAACGGAUGGAUCAGACUUCACUCAUCGAGAGAAAGUUGCUUCGCAUUACAGAGACAGCGUGAAAUGGAAAAGUAAAUUAAAACUAAAUCUGUCACUCCACUUACUUUGCGUAUCCCUCGUAGCUACAUGGUCUAUAUUAGGUCUUUUUAAAUUUGUAAAGUUCAAAGUAGCUGACUGGCACAUCGCCUGGCUUUGUAGUGCAGUUCCAGUCCUUCUGGGCAUGAGCAGUUUACCAAAGAACAAACUCGGUCAGAUGUAUGCCUUUGUAAUUGGCUAUAUCGUACUCGGUUUUGGCUCGUUGACUUAUGGAGGGACAAAAUACUCCAAAACAUUUGUCGAGCAUGUGUACCAGAAAUCACCUCAAAUGCUAGAUGUUCGCGGAUUUUCUCUGAAUUUGGCCAUUCUUGGUUUGGUCUUGCAAAUGCAGAUAAUGGCUUUGUACUAUGCAAUAAGACUGAUUGGAGCAUGGCGAUCAAAAGGAGAGAAGAAAACGUCAUAAAUAAUGUUCAUUACAUAAUAUCAGAUAGUUUGGUUGUUUGGUACACAUGACAGUGUACAAUGCUGAAAUAUAUCAUCAUAAGAUUUGCUGUCAUGAGAUUUAUCUGGAUAGUGAUUGAAAGAAAUGAAUAAAUGGUUGCUUUAAUAUUUA